GCGCCGGCUUCCGGGUGGAGAGAGCGCGCGAUGGGGCGGCUGGUGGACGUCGCGGAGUAGCGGUGGAGAGUGGGCGUGUGCGCCGAGCGGCCGGGCGCCCGCGCUGGAGUCGCGGGGUCUCAGGGAACCAGACCGGGGCGCGGAGAGGGCCUUCGACUGCCACCCGCGUCCGCUCACUGGCAUGUCGGCCGAGGCCUCUGGCCCGGCGCCGGCUGCGGCCGAAUGCCUGGAGUCCCCUAGCCCCUCGGGUGUGGAGCCUGGCUCCCCCUCGUACAGUCUGAAGCCCCUGACCCCGAACAGCAAGUAUGUGAAGCUGAACGUGGGCGGCUCGCUGCAUUACACCACGCUGCGCACCCUCACGGGGCAGGACACCAUGCUCAAGGCCAUGUUCAGCGGCCGCGUUGAAGUGCUCACAGACGCGGGAGGUUGGGUGCUGAUUGACCGGAGUGGCCGCCACUUUGGCACAAUUCUCAACUACCUGCGGGACGGGUCGGUGCCACUGCCUGAGAGUACCAGAGAACUCGGGGAGCUGCUAGGUGAAGCCCGAUACUACCUGGUCCAGGGCCUGAUUGAAGACUGUCAGCUGGCGCUGCAGACCUCAAAGUUACAGAGAUCUACUUGCCUCUGGAAGGAAGACAGUCAGUCACCUAAGGCCGGCUGGCCCUUGGUUCUCAGCACUUCCGAUGACAACUUACUGAAGAACAUCGAGCUGUUUGACAAACUAGCCCUGCGCUUCCAUGGGCGGCUGCUCUUCCUCAAGGAUGUCCUAGGAGAUGAGAUUUGCUGCUGGUCUUUCUACGGGCAGGGCCGAAAAAUUGCCGAGGUGUGCUGCACCUCCAUAGUCUAUGCUACGGAGAAGAAGCAGACCAAGGUGGAAUUCCCUGAGGCUCGGAUCUUUGAGGAGACACUGAACAUCUUAAUUUAUGAGAAUUCCCGUGGCCCAGAUCUGGCUCUCCUGGAGGCCACAGGGGGUGCAGCUGGAGGUGGUGGGGCAGGCCGAGGGGACGAUGAAGAGAACCGAGAGCACCGUGUCCGGAGGAUUCACGUCCGCCGCCAUAUCACCCACGACGAGCGUCCCCACGGCCAACAGAUUGUCUUCAAGGACUGACCUUGGCCUUCCCCCUCUGUCCUCUUGCUUCUGGGACCUAGUCCCUCUGUCUCUUUGCCCCGGCUCUGCUGGCCAAGUCGUGGGUCUUCCCUCUGUCCCCUCAUUGCAUGCUAUUUUCAGUGAGCCCUUUCCUUCUAGUCAUCGCCACUCACUGCUAACCACAUGGUACAUUCCAGCAUUUCCCUCUGGCGGGGCUCUUCAGAAAGCCAGUGACCGCCCCUCCUCUACAUCAUUGCUCUGCCAUCUUUCUCUUACCAUCUGAUUUAGAAUGACACAGGAUUCCCUUUCCAUUUUGUUAAUACAUUGAACACACAUGUAGAAAGGACAGUACCAUCAACCACACUCCAAGCUGCUUUCCGCCAUUGCAACAGAGUACUUUGCCCCUCCUGCCCCACCAUUCGCCCUACCUCCUUAACUUUGUACUCGGCUGGCCUGGACCUGUGCCAGCUCUGCUAUCUUGAUCUGUUUCAUAUUAUUUAUUAUUUUAAUUUUCUAUUAAAUUAUUGGAAUAAA